AUUAAAUUUACUUCUACCCAUGUUUUCGUGAUUUACCGCGUUUAGAUGAAAUAUUCUACAAAAAUCAAACGAGAAUUCUUACGAAAACAAUGGUAAUUAGAAGUCGCGCUGUAUUUCGUUGAUGAAACACGAACAUAAUCCGAUCAAUAAGUGGAAGUGGACUUUAUUUUAUUGGAAUUCACUCAGUUAGCGAACACCCGCAGCGACGCAUUAUGUUUCGGUAAUCAGAAUUUCAAUAAAAGCACAGUUUCUUGUUUUUUACUUCUAAGUUGAACUACUAUAUUGUUGGAGUGAUUUAAUAUAAAAUAAAAAUGGCAUCUAUAGAAGAAAGUUGGAAAGAAGCGACUGAAAAUCUUGAUAGUGCAGUCUGUGAUACCUGGUUUACAAAAAUACAGGAAGCCUAUUCAGAGGAGAAGCGUACUUAUCAUAAUCUAGAUUCGCUACAUGAGAAGUUAAAUUGUUAUUACGAGAUUAAGGACAAUUUGAAAAACCCACAAGCUAUGCUCCUUGCCUUAUUCUUUCAAAACUUUGAAUAUGAUCCCAAAGCUUUAGAUGGUGAAAACCAGAAUUUGGAACAUUUUAAUGCAUUCGCUGAUGAAGCUGGAGUUCCUGAAGAUGCAGAGCUAAGGGAAAAAGCUUGUGAGCUACUUAAAGUUGCUGCAACACAUAGUACUGAUGCACAUAAGAUUGGUGGUGCAUUUGGUGAUGAAGAUGCCCAUUACUUUUUAGAUUUGGAUAUGGCUGUGUUAGGCUCAUCCCCAGAGAAUUAUGCGGAAUAUAGAGAUAAAAUACGAGGAGAAUAUUCUUUUCUUAGUGAACCAAUGUACACUGCAUUGCGUUUGAAGGUUUUGCAGAACUUUGUGCAAAUUCCAAAUAUUUUUGCCACAAAGGAAUUUCGUGAAAAAUAUGAAGAACAAGCACGACGAAAUAUUCAAACUGAAGUUGAAUUGUUAUCUUAGAGUGACUAAUGAAUUUUGUGCAUGGUAAAAUGUAUCUUGAUGCAGUUUUGUUAUUUGAUAUGUUCGUUAUUGGAUUAUAACGAGGAACAACAUUCCAAGUGACACAAAAUUCCUUUACUGUGUCAGUAGCAAUUGAUCUCCAUAUAGAGUAAAGUAGCACAAACAUAUAUUUUGUGGAUUAGUAUUUGAAAUGGUGUAUGGUAAAUAAUACCAUACACGUAUGUAUUGUAUUAUUAAAUACAGAGUGCACCUAUGUCUUAUAUUUAAUAAACUGCAAUUUAGCCAAUUGCAGUUUACUAAAGAAGAAUAAUGAAAAUAAAGUAUUAUUUAUUUUAAUGCUGCAUCUAAGACAUAUGUGUAAACCUCAAUGUACAUUUAUUAAUAUUAUUGCA